AUGGCGCGCUCCCGCCCUUCCGCCCGCGCGUCGUCGUCGAGACCGGUUCGUCAGAACAGAACCCAGGUUGCAUCAUACCACGAAGACUCUACCUCCGAUGAGCGGGAUCAAGAUGAAAAUUCCACCCGACGUCACUCACUCUCCUUGCGUCCUCGAGCUACCCAACAAAUACAUCAAUCCUAUCGAGAGAAGUCCACCGAUGAAAGCUUGGAGUUGUCAGAUGAUCACCAGUUGAAUGACAGACAAACAGUAUCUGAACCUUUAAGCCUGCAACAAGCUUAUCCUGCUACUGCUUCAGCCACUAGUCGUUCUACCCAACGCACUCGCCGUACAGCACCCUCUCGAGUCACCAAAACCAAACGAGUACAGCCGAAAUCGAGAGCAUUGGGGCAGCCGUUAAAAAAGCGACCCAAAGUUGAGCCCGAACAGCCAUCCUUUGUGGGAUCUGGCGUGAUUCCUCCUUGGCAAACAUUGCCAUAUCACAUCCUGAUAGAAAUAUUCCUCCGAGCUUUCUACCCUCUCGACGACCCCAAAAAUCCAGCGGCCAAGACCCCUGGCAAAUCACUGGAGACAAGGUCCGCGCACAACCUUCUAGGGAUUGCCCUUCUGUGUCGUGGGUUCUCGGAAGCGGCCCUUGCAGCUCUUUACUACCGACCUCCCAUAUUCUCCGCCUACAACGGGCAUAGUCUUUUGAAUAUCCUCUCAAAGCCACUGGGCUCUCAGGCCAUCAACUACGCUGGAAAGAUCAGAGAGCUUGAAAUUGACGCUGAAACAGUUCUCACUUUAAAAAGUGGCCCUACUCUAGGCUAUUUUGACCUGCUUCAACUGCUGCAAAAAACCCCUCGGCUUCACACCCUUCGCCUUUACCACCCCGAUGAUGUGGUGCUGGGGAAUCCCUCGGUGACUCUUGCCCUCGCGAAGUGGAACUACUCGGACUCUUUCUUCUCUGCUCUUGAUCAAAGCACAAUUAAACUUCGGAGCUGGGAAUGGAAUGGUCGUUUUUUUGAUACGGCGUCCUUGCUACCUCUCAUGCUGGAAAGACAUAUGCUUUCCUCAUUCCAAACACUCCAACACAUUCGUCUUGUUCAUCUCCUGGACAAUGACCGAAUCGAUACUGCUGGCAAAGAGGGCGCUCUUGCUGCCGCCCUCAAGGCAUUGCCUGACAUCGAGCGUCUGGAAAUUCACGAGUGCAGCCUUUUGGCCGGUGGCCUUCUAGAGCAACUACCACCAACGCUCCGCUCCUUGACAAUCUCCGGCUGUGAUCGAAUAGUUUCCUCUCAAAUCUCCCAACUUCUGAAAGUUCAUGGAGGACAGCUUGUCGAACUUGCUCUUAACCACAAUCGCCACCUGAAUAUGGAGUUCAUCCCAGGUCUAGGGGUUUGUUGUCCUCGACUUGAAAGAUUCAAGGUAGACAUGUCGAUGCAUGACACUUCAAGCUACCAUGACCUUGAGCCCCAUUUUAAACGGCUUCUUUCUUGGGACCAAGUUCCCACCUGGCCUGAGACUAUUCAAGAGAUUGAGCUGUAUCAGCUUCGGCACUGGAACUCGGAGUUGGGAGAGAUGUUCUUCACGUCUCUUGUUCAGGCUGCGCCCAAACUGAAGAAUCUGCGAAGGGUUGAAAUUACUGCCAUCGUUGGGGCUGAAUGGCGGGACCGGGCUCAAUUCCGAAUGAAAUGGGUUCACCGCUUAACAAAUGUCUUCAUGCGGCGUAGCCCUCCUCCAAACCCCAACUUCCGCUCUCUUCGAAAGCGAUUGUUACUAGCUCCUGUUGAGAAAGACCCAACGCCAGAACCCUCAGCCAGUCGAGGGCCCCGGCACAGCAGCCGCUUAGCACAGCAAAACAUUUCUCAAGACACUGACUUGGAGGAGGCGAACCCUUCCGACCCUGACAACAGUUUCCAGUACGACGACAGUAUCCAAGGAAUGUGUGAAUAUUUCAAUAUCCGAAUUGACAAUCAACGACCCAACGACAUACAGUACAACGAAAAUGAUUUUCUCGAUGAUGAAAUCAGCGGUGAUGAGGACUGGCAUGACGACGAUUUCGAGCCCGAAGAUGGCCAUGCGUGGUAA